AUGGCGCCAACGAAAGCGGUUGACGAUCGCAACGGCGACAUCGAAAGCAGGCCUGAAGAAGAGACACCGUUGUUGCCACACGACUUGCCACUUACAGUCGACCCGAGCAGGAGAUAUCAGCUCAAGGUCAUUGGUCUGGCAAUGACCUUUAUUCUUAUCGUCGAAGUUGGCGCCUAUCUCCAGAUCCCGCCUUCAUACCAGCUCAUGGAAGAAAUCAUCUGUCGCAAACACUACCCGGACCACAUCAUCUCGGCAGAGGAUGAUGAUGUUUGCAAGGGCUCGGAUGUGCAGGGCGAGCUAGCCAUGAUCAAAGGCUGGCAAAACUCAUUCGACUGCGUCCCGUCAUUACUUACUGCGAUUCCCUACGGAAUCAUUGCAGACAAGUAUGGCCGCCGCCCAGUCCUGUCCCUGGCCAUGCUGGGUAUCACAUUGGAGCUUGCCUGGAUGUUGCUUCCCUUACUGUGGCCCAACGUUCUCCCUCUCUGGACUAUGUGGUUCGGAGCUGUCUUCCAAUUCAUAGGUGGAGGCGCAGGCAUGAUUCAAGCCAUGACUUGGACCAUGAUCUCUGACGUUGUCCCCAUUUCCAGCCUGACCGCGGUUUGCUACAAGAUUGGCGCAAUCGCGCUCGCGGGAGAACUUGUAGUUGCGCCCCUGAGCGCCUACCUCUUGAGCAAGAACCCUUGGCUGCCUCUCAGCGUUGGCAUGGUCCUCUUGAUCAUCGGCACUUGCUUGCCACCCUUCAUCCCAGAGACGUUGGACCUCCGCCGCGCUGCCGAUCAGGAGGUUGAGCAGACACCCUCGCGAUCCGAAGAGGAUGCAAGAGACAAGCGCACACUUCAGCAGCAGAUAGUCUUCGCCGUGAAGAACGACAUGGGUCAUGUCUACACCUUUUUGAUAAAAUCCAAGAGCGUGAUUUCCCUCGUGCUCGGGUUUAACCUUACAGUUAUUGUAAAGUAUGUCAAGAUAGAUAUCAUGUCGCAAUACGUGCAUAACUUAUUGGGAUGGUCUUGGGCAAAGGCAACACUCCUUGGGACCGUCUCAACGGCCACGAACAUGGUCAUGCUACUCGCCAUUCUUCCGGCGCUGAGCUGGCUGAUCACCAAGCGUACGGGCGUCCAUCCUCUGGUCCGGGACCUGUGGCUCACCCGAAUGAGCGGCAUCCUCCUGGCUAUCGGGUGCUUCAUGGUCGCCAUUGCAUUCGCGCCAUGGUUCUUAAUUACCGCCCUCAUCAUCUUCUCAAUGGGCACCGUUUACACAAAUAUCUGCCGAGCAAUUCUCAACGCCGUCGUUGAGCCGCACACAGUUGGCACACUGAACACAGCCAUCACCUGGGUAGAGCAGGUGAGCUUGCUCGUUUCGGCGCCGGUAAUAUCGGGCUUGUUGAAAGCCGGCAACUCAGCAGGCGGCAUCUGGCUUGGUCUGCCGUACAUGGCGGCGACUGUCAUGGCUAUUGGUGGUACUGCGAUUGCGUUUACCUAUCGUCUGCCUAGAGACAAGAUCCGCUAG